GAUUUCCCCCUCAAGUUUAUGCGAGAGAAUUCACCUUAUAAUGGCAGAGGCAUUCCUGAGGGGAGGGUGAGGAAGAGAACAGGGAAAACAAACAAACAAAAAGAAGAAGAAAAAAGGGAGAGAUGGGCGAUUCUUCUGAUACCGAUAGUGAUGAAACAAUAAUCGAGGGUUCAGUGUCUGAAAGCGACCUGGAAGAAGAGGCGCUCCACGUUAAGAGGUUAUCUUUAGUUACUAAGGAUGUGGUAUCAGCAACACACAACAUUGUUACAGAAAUAAAGGACAUAAAUGAAGAAGAACUAUCUCCAGAGAUUCAGCGUAUUUGUAGAAACAGCACUUGCACAGAGAUGCUGAAAUAUCCAGAGCAAAUUAUUCUGCAAUAUUCUGAGGAUGAAAAGGAAGAAUCUCAGUCUCUACUACAAGCUGGGAUAACCUAUCCAGUCAUCUCUGCACAUAUUUGUCAGACUGAUUGUUCAUCAGCAGCUGUGGUACAUGGAGAGGGAAGCCAUUUUACUUGUUUAGAUUCUGGGAUGACUGAAUUUCUGGAGACAUCAGAAAAGAAUGUUCUGCAGAUAUUAAAUGUUGACUCUUCAGAGACGUGCCUGUGUUCUGGUACAGAUACAGUAGAAGUAGGAAGAGAUUCAGUACUAAGAUGUACAGAGAUAUCAGGCAUUUUUCAAAGUAUCACAAUGACAAACAAGAAGGAUAUGAUUAGAAAUGAUCAAGCUCCUGAAAUAUUCGCAUCUGAUUUAACUGAAAACAGAAUCAUGGCUGAACCAUCUCAAGUUAAAGGUGUAAGAGAGAAACUCAGUGAUUUUGACUCUCAGAUGGUAAGCCCUGCGGCUGACAUGCUGGAAUACCAGAUUUAUGUUUAUAAUAUGGAUAUGGAUGCUUCUGCAAAUGAGGAAAGCAAUGCCCUGCCAGUUGAGCUUCUAACAGCAGUGAACUCUAUGUCAGGAUCUUUAGUAGGGUCUGAUGACCAAGCAGUGGAAAAGAAAAGUGUGCACAGCACUGGAAAGAAACAAUCGAUACUGGACCAAACAGAUGAUUGCUUACAAACAGCAGACACCAAUUCCAAGCCUAAAUUACAUUUGGAACAGCAUGAAGCAACAGAAAUUUCAAUGAUAACUAAGUCAUCAUGUCAUUCAGAGCCUGACUGUAACCAGCAUACCUACAAAUUAGUCUUUUCAGAGGAUCAGAGCAUCAUGUCUUAUAACAAAUCAACCAUUUUAAAUGAAACCAGUUCAUCUGAACAAACUAUUCAAGAAACUUUGCAUACAGUAAGGAGAUCAGCCAGGAAAAGAAGAUACUUUACUCAUGAUUGUGUAUAUGCUACUUUGAAUGGUCACAGAUUUCUAGAAGGAUUCCAUCAAAAGAAACAAAGUUAUAAGGCUCAAAAAAGACUCCCUGCUAAGAAUUAUGAGUAUGAUAUGCAAUUUGAUUAUGGCUAAUGACGAUAACACUGAAGAUAAUUUAUCCUAUAUAAAACUGAUAUUCUGAAAACUACAAUUCAUAAAAUCAAAGCUGGUCAUUA